AAUCGAAGACUCAAACCAAAUAUGAGGAUCCCUUCCCUAAACAUUGUUUCUGCAUGUUUUAUUAAACCUUAUCCCCCUAUCAAAGACUCAAACCAAAUAUGCUAUCUAACACAUUGGGAUAUUGCCAUGUUAUCUACACACUAUAUCCAAAAGGGACUUCUCUUCAAGAAACCAACAUCAUCACUAAACCAACAACACUUCAUUGAGAACCUAGUGGACAAACUCAAACACUCUCUUUCUCUCACACUUUUUCAUUAUUAUCCCCUGUCUGGUCGUCUUGUUACUAAAAAAUCUGAAGACCCUCAUUCUUACACUGUUUUCGUUGAUUGCAAAAACAGUCGCGGAGCUAGAUUUAUUCAUGCAACUUUAGAUAUCACCAUAAAUGAUAUUCUCUCACCAGUUGAUGUCCCACCCAUUGUCCAAUCGUUCUUUGAUCAUGACAAAGCAGUCAGCCAUGAUGGUCAUACCAUGUCUUUAUUAACUAUUCAAGUAACUGAAUUAUUGGAUGGUGUUUUUAUAGGUUGUUCCAUGAAUCAUUGUAUAGGUGAUGGGACUGGUUAUUGGAAUUUCUUUAACUCAUUUUCUGAGAUAUUUCAAAAUGAUAUUCAUGUUCUUGUUCCGAUUUCACAUCAACCUAUCCACAAUAGAUGGUUUCCACAAGGUUAUGGUCCGAUUAUCAACCUUCCAUUCAAACAUCACGAGGAGUUUGUUCACAGAUAUGAAACAUCCAUUUUAAGAGAGAGAAUCUUCCAUUUUUCAGCUGAGUCUAUAAUGAAACUGAAAGCAAAGGCAAAUGAAGAGUCUAAUACAAGAAAAAUUUCUUCGUUUCAAUCUUUAUCAGCAUUAGUUUGGAGAUCUAUAACUCGUGCACGUCAACUACAACACGGUCAGAGAACAACUUGCAAACUGGCUACAAACAACCGAACGAGAAUGGAACCACCUCUUCCGAAGGAAUAUUUUGGGAAUUCACUUCAUGCGGUGAGUGCUGAAACGACGGUAGGGGAAUUGCUGGAGAAUGAUCUAGGAUGGGCAGCAUGGAAAAUUCAUCUAGCUGUUGUAAAUCAUGAUGAUAAAGUGGUGCGUAGGUCGGUUGAAGAGUGGUUUCGUUCUCCUUUUGUGUAUCGAACAGAUUUGUUUUUUGAUCCUUACACUGUGAUGAUGGGUAGUUCACCGAGGUUUAAUAUGUAUGGGAAUGAAUUUGGAAUGGGAAAAGUUUUGGCAGUUAGAAGUGGAUAUGCUAAUAAAUUUGAUGGAAAAGUAACUUCAUAUCCAGGUCAAGAAGGAGGAGGAAGCAUUGAUCUUGAAGUGUGUCUUUCGCCGGAGAAAAUGAUGGCGCUGGAAGCAGAUGAAGAGUUCAACUUCUGGUGUUUACUCUCAUGUUCGAGUCUUUGAGUAUGUUAUGGUGUUUGGUUGGGAUGCAAAAUCUAAAUUAGUUUUAGGAAAAUAAUAUGUUGACGCCCAUUUUCCACCUUGAAAGAAGGAAAUAAAUGUAGGAUACUGUUCAAAUAUCAUUGCUAUUUGUUUUA